AUGAUCACUUUGGUAUCUACUUCAGAGGACAUCGGCGGUCGUCUCUCGACAGCCGUCACGGACGAUGUGACUUCUGCUCUUCUCACUGAUUUCCCACAACAGGUCUUUACGCAAAGGGACCCAAAGUACAAAUCCCUCCAGGAGAGUUAUUUUUCCGGCAAUCAGAGAGCUUUGAAGCCCCGAUGUUUCUUCCAACCCAGGAGUGCCCAAGACCUUGCAAGAGCUGUCACUCUUUGCGUGAAAGCGCAUUGUCCUUUUGGGCUCAAGAGCGGCGGCCAUGGGCAUUAUGCUGGACAAUCAUGUCUGGAUGGAGGCAUUCAGCUGGACCUUGCCUUGCUCAAUACCAUCUCUCUCGAUCGAAACAAGGGAACUGUGCAUGUAGGGCCAGGUGCCACCUGGAAUUCCGUCUACACACGACUUCAGAAGGAACGGUUGAUUGCGGUUGGGGGUAGGUCCGCUGGUGUUGGGGUGGGUGGUUUCCUGGUCGGAGGCGGCCUGUCGUUCUAUGCUGCAAGACGUGGUUGGGCAAUCAAUCACGUUCGUUCUUUUCAGGUUGUUCUCAGCAACGGCAGUAUCGUCACGGCGAGCCGAGAGAAUGAACCUACCCUCUUCCGAGCACUCCGAGGUGGAGGUUCCAACUUGGGCGUUAUAGCAAGUUUCGAAUUGGAGACUUAUCCUUACAGCGGAAUGUGGGGUGGCCGCACUUUGAUCGACAGCAGCCAUUCUGGUCAGGCCAUAGACGCCUAUGCUGGUUUCGUGCACGGCCUUGAGACAGAUCCAAAAGGCCACACCAUCCUCAUCUUCGUCUGUGAUCAAGGCUCUUUACAGCUACUUCAGUAUCUGGUCUAUACAGAGCCUAUCGCAGAAUUACCCAUGUUUGAUGGUCUCCGUAACGUGCCAACCAUUGAAUCAUCACUCGGGCUCACCGACUAUAGUACCUUGGCAGACAACAUAGCUAACCUCCAACACGGUCAUGGCGAUCGUGCGUCAUGUUCAACAGUGACGUUCAGACUCGACCAAGAUUUCCUCCAUUAUGCAUUUGACGUUUUCUUCCAGGAGAGCUCUCCAGUCUCAAACUACAUUCAAGGAACAAUGGAGUUUCAUGCUCUACCAAGAACUCUGAGUCCUGCGGACAAUAUAUUCGGUCUGGACACUAUCACGGGCCCGCUGAUAUCAUUUUUGUUGAUAUUCAGCUCCAAAGACGAAUGCCACGACGCAGAGGUCAUCGCAAUUCAAAAACGUAUCAUAGGAAGAGUCAGAGUCGAGGCAGAAAAGCGAAAUCUCUAUCACCCUUUCCUGUUUCCAAAUUACUCGGGUCAGUGGCAAGAUGUGAUUGGGAGCUUCGGAGAACCAAAUGUCAAGUAUUUGACCGAGGUGGCCAAGAUUUACGAUCCUGAACAGGCAUUCCAGCACUUGCAGUCCGGCGCUUUUAAAGUCAGUUACUCAAAUCGGAAUCUCAAGCUCUAA